AGCUCCUGUUCAUGGUGCUGGUGGUGGGGUGGGUGUCAUGCGGCGGAGUAAUCAGCCCAUGUUCAUGGUGCUGGGGGUGGUGUGGGUGUCAUGCGGCGGAGGGAUAGCUAAGCAUAGCAGUCAUCCUUCAUCUCACUCCCCUCUCUCUCCCAUCCCUCCCCUCCCUCUGCGAGAGCCCAUGUUCAUGGUGCUGGGUGUGGUUGUGGAAUACAUGUCAUGCGGCGGAGGGAUAGCUAAGCAUAGCAGUCAUCCUUCAUCUCACUCCCCUCUCUCUCCCAUCCCUCCCCUCCCUCUGCGAGAGCCCCUGUUCAUGGUGCUGGGGGUGGUGUGGGUGUCAUGCGGCGGAGGGAAUAGAGGAAGCCAGCUCCUGUUCAUGGUGAUGGUGGUGGGGUGGGUGUCAUGCGGUGGAGUGAUCGCUCACCAUAGCAGCUAUCCUUCCUCUCCCUGCACCCUCUCUCCCAUCCCUCCACCACCUCUUCCAGAGCCCAUGUUCAUGGUGCUGUUGUUGCUUAACGUUGGUUCUUCUCCCACUGUCCCCUUCUCCCGCCCCCCCUUUAAUCUACACCUCUCCCCUUCCCUCCCGCCAUCCCGUUCUCUCCCUCCCUCCAUUUCUCUUCAGCCAUCCCCUUCUAUCCCGCCCUCCAUGUCUCUCCUGCCCUCCCCCUCUCCCCUGCCCUCCCCUUCUCUCCUGCCCUCCCCUUCUCUCCCGCCCUUCCCUGCUCUACUGCCCUCCAGCCAACCCUCCAUUCAUUCUAUACCGCCCUCCACUUCGUCCAUACCCUUUGGACAACCCCUAAACCAUGUCGUGCAUGAUCUUCGUCCCCCCCUUGUCUUGCGUGCGCGCAGGAGGGAAUCAGCGGGUCAGCUCGUGGGGAAACAGCAGAGACGGGCUCCCGUUUGCCAACGGCCGAUUGACCAGGGCUUGGCAAAGGUUAAGAAGACCGACUGGAACGUCUCGAACUCCCACCGCAAGAACACCGAGUGGAUGACAGGUUUGCACCGAAAUGUGCGGUGGAUUAUCAAGGACCACUUCACACGCCACACCCCUGUGUACAACACAGUCGUGCAGGGCUUCAAGUGGGGCAACCGUGGCCUGUAUGUUCACGAGUCAGGAUUUGAGGCGUUCAAGGGGAAGGCCGUGCCUGACGAGGAGAAGAAGGACUUGAAGGAGGAAGAGCAGGAGGUGUACGACGCGGAGGACUUGAAGACGGAUGACGAGGAGGAUGACGAGGAUCAGGAGGAGGAGGAGGAGGAGGAGGAGGAGGAGGAGGAGGAGGAGGAGGAGGAGGAGGAGGAGGAUGAGGAGAAGGAGGAACAACGUCAAAACGGAGGUAGAGGCAUUGGUGGAGACAGCAAGGGGGGCAGCACGCCAGGCAAGAAAGUAGAGUCAGCAUGGGGGGUAGCACGGGCGGCAAAAGCGUGGAGUCAGCAAGGGGGGCAGCAGUAG